AUUUCAUACAUAUCCCUGAGAAAGGAAGUGGAUUAAAACGAGUAAAAUAAUAGUAAUAUAGAUAAACAAAUAAUUUAAAAUUUAUUAAAAGGUGAUUAUAUCAAUAUAAUUGGUGAUAGAUUAUUAAAUAAUUUUACAAGUGUUACAUAACUAAUGAAUAACCAUGUAACAUCCCACAUACUAUCAAUUUCAUGUAUUAACCAAGAUUGGUCACAUACGAUCAUUUACUUAAUAUUAAUAAAUUCAUUUUUUUGCUCAUUUUUAUUUAUCUGGCUUUUGAAUAAACUAAAAUAAAAUAAAAUGGAAAAAUUAAGUAUUGAAGGUCUUACUUAUAUUUUUAAUGAAUUACGAACAGAUAAUAAAUCAUUAUAUUCCUGCCUUUUAAUUAAUAAAGAAUGGUGUCGUUUAGUAGUACCUAUCUUGUGGGAACGAUAUCCAUACUCUAAUUGCGAAGAAUCACAAGAAAAAUAUUGUAAUACAAUACUUUCCUGCCUACCAACAUCUUCAAAACAACUUUUGAUUGAUAAUUAUAUUAGUUUACCUUCAACGAUUCUUUCAGAACCCUUAACAUUUAAUUAUGUCGGCUUUUGUAAAUUUCUAAGUAAUGAUAUUAUAGAUAAGAUUAUGAAUUUUGUAUUUGAAGGACAAGCUUUAAAUGUUAAUUUUUCAAAAAAUUAUCUUUUAAGUCAAGAAAUUUACAAGUUAUUCAUUAGACAAUGUGAAGAAGCUUCGACAAAAUGUUUUUCUCAACUCCAUGAUCUAUAUAUUGAUCUCUCUUAUGUAACUUCCAAUAAUAUUAAUGAUAUGGCACAGAUUUGUAAAAAUUUGAACGUAUUAUAUGUUGACUGUUAUUCUCAGGGUAUUCCUGGAUUAACUUCUUUAAUUAAUGCACAAAGAAAUUUAAAAGAAAUAAUACUUAAGUUUCGUACUAAGGAAAGGUUAUCAAUUUGCUAUAAACUUAAAAGUUAUGAAGGAAUUGAAGAAUUCAAAAAAUAUUUAGCAAAUACAAUAUUCCCAGAUCUUCGGUCUCUCAUUAUUAAUGAUGAUUCAUCAUGCUUUAAGGAAUUGGCAAUGUUAAUUGAAAAAACCAAAGGAAAUAUUUCGGAUGUAUCUAUUAAAACUUUGGAUAUAUCAGUUGAGAAUACAGGAAUGUUACUAAAAGCAAUUUCUAAUCAUUGUCCAAAGAUAGAGCAAUUAACUACACAUCUUGGACCUAACGAUUUGAUUUAUGUUAGAUCAUUAUUAAUGAAUUGCAAAAUUUUAGUAAGACUAUCUCUUGAUAGUCUUGGUAGUUGCAAUGAAAAUUAUGGUAUAGGAGAUGAAUUAUUAGAUAUAUUAACUAAAUUUUCUCUAAAAACUUUAACUCAUAUAACAAUCAAUGGAAAUUUGGUGUAUUCUAUUGAUGCUUUUGAAAAAUUUUUUGAAAGUUGUAGGGGACGUAAAUUACUUUAUUUUAAUAUCAAUGGAAAACGUACUAUUAUAGAAAAAUAUAAAGAUAUUUUUAAAAAAUAUUAUGAAGAAGGUAUAAUAACAGGUUCAAAUAUCAUUUUAAUGUUUUGAUUUGUUUAAUAGCAAGUUUUCAAAUAAAAAUCAGAGGAUUCUUCAUUUUAAUUAUAUUGCAAGGAAUAUGACUAAGUUUAUUCAUUAUAUAAGCUAAUAAUUGUUAUUGAACUACUAGUGUUUGUUGUUUCAUUACACAAAGGAACACUGACAUUUUAUAUUAUUUGUGUAUUAAUCAAAUUAUGCAAAUUCUCUAUCAUUUAUUUGUAAAUGAUUAUUCCUUUUUAAAACAAUAAAAAGAUAUUAUUGGGCGUUUUUUAUAAAACUAGUAACAAUUUUGUUGAUCAUUUGUUGAUACUUUUAUUUUUAAAUUUAUUAUAAAUUUU